UAGUAAUCAAUUGCAGGCCCAACAGCCCAGACCACAUAGAGCAGCGCAGGCACAGGCAAAGGCAACGCACCGCACCGCACACCACAGGCAACGCAGGCAGCACUCUCGAUAAGCCACAAGACACUUUUUGUUUGUUGCAUCCAGCGGAUCCACGCAACUGUUGCCACCCAUUUUUUUUUUCGUGUUUAUUUGCUGUUUUGGAAGCCCAGGCCAGCGCAGCCCAGCCCGCAGGCAGUUGAUCAACGUCGCACAUCUCCAUAUAGAGAGACACAUACACAGACAUAGACAUAGACUCCAGAGCCAUGAGGCAGCCAAGCAGACAGCAAAUUCUGGCGCUGGCCCUUUGCAGCGCCGUCUGCCUGAUCAGCGCCGUACCCGUGCCCCAACCCCAACCCCAGCCCCAGCCAGCCGGCAACCAGGAACUGGAUGUGCUGCAGAUACCACUGGCCAAUGGCAAGGAAAUCGAUGUCUUGACAUUGGGCGCCAAAGAUCAAGAACAAUUGAUAGCCGAUCGCAAUAAAAGAACAAUUGGCUUGCUGCGCGAACUGUUUCCGGAUAUAACCAAGCAAAUCGAUGAGCAAGCGAACCGCAUCAUCUCCAAGCUGCUGCGCACCCUGGGACCCACGGUGCUACGAACGGCCAUCCAGGGCAACAGCGCCAAUGCGGCACGAACCAGCUUCGAUGCGGACUUCGACGACGACGAUGAUGAGAGCAGCAAGAGUGACAGCAGCCCCAGUAGCUCCAGCACCUCCAGCGACUCCAGUGGCACGCGGGUGACCAUCGAGCUGCCAACCUUUGAGCCCGACGAUGACAACGAGAUCGAUGCCGUGGACAAGAGCAGCAGCAGCAGCAGCAGCAGCAGCACCACCACCACCACCACUGAGUCGGCUGACACCCUGUAAAGUCACAGAGAAACAAAGAAACAAACAGAAAUGUGCGUUCCAUUUGCUACAACAACUGUGAGAUAACUCCAAAAGAAAUGGCACUUAAAUUGGUUUUUCUAUCUAUUAAAUUUUUCCGUGCAGCGACUAAAAGAAUAUCCCCAACACAACAACAACAACAACAACAACCACCACCACAAGCACAGGCACAACCACAUGUGUGACCAACAACAGCCCCAACAGAUCCAAACAAAUAUUAAAAUUAUGUUAAAUGGAAAUGAAAUGAAAUGAAAUUGGCAUUGCUUAACAACACGAAAUUGUUUUGAAAUUACUUUUACCAACACUGGUUUUCAGCACACCACACCCACACAUACCCACCCACUCACCACCAAGAAAGCACUCUCUGUCACUCUCUCUCUUCCUCUCUCUCUCUCUCUCUCUGACUGUACUAUAUCUGCCUGUCUCUCCACUGUCCACUCUCCUACCUUCACUCAGAACCUCUCUACCUAUACCUACAUCUAUAUCUCUCUCUCUCUCUCUGUCUCUGUGUCUCUCUGCAUAUCUGUACCUCUCCCUCAUGCGCACUCUCAUUCACUCGUCCCUAGGCUAGUAGGUGUUUUUUUACAAGAAUUAUAUUUUACAUUUAUGUUGUAUUAGUUGUGUAAGACAUUUUUUUAAAUACAUUUCCAAAUAUACCGAAUUAAUG